CCGGAAAAACUCUAUAAAUAUGGGACCCCUGGCGGCUUACCAAAGCACUGGGGUUGUCCGAACCGAAUCAUCUCGCAAUAUCUCCCUCUUCUCUGCGCUGUCUCCGUCGGCUGUGGCUGUGGCCGUGGGGUUUAUCGUUUUCAGUUUCGGAGAAUGGAUACCUUUCUUUUCACCUCUGAGUCUGUGAAUGAGGGACACCCAGACAAGCUCUGUGAUCAGAUUUCUGAUGCGGUUCUUGAUGCCUGCCUUGAGCUAGAUCCAGACAGCAAGGUUGCUUGUGAGACUUGCACCAAGACUAACAUGGUCAUGGUCUUCGGUGAGAUCACAACCAAAGCCAAUGUAGACUAUGAGAAGAUUGCGCGUGACACUUGCCGCAACAUUGGAUUUGUUUCCGAAGAUGUGGGUCUUGAUGCUGAUAAUUGCAAGGUUCUAGUCUGUAUUGAGCAACAGAGCCCUGAUAUCGCCCAGGGUGUCCAUGGUCAUCUCACCAAGCGCCCUGAGGAGAUAGGUGCUGGUGACCAGGGUCACAUGUUUGGCUAUGCCACCGAUGAAACCCCAGAGCUGAUGCCCCUCAGCCACGUCCUUGCAACUAAGCUGGGUGCUCGCCUCACUGAAGUGCGCAAGAAUGGAACUUGCCCCUGGUUGAGACCCGAUGGCAAAACUCAAGUCACUGUUGAGUAUCAGAAUGACAAUGGUGCCAGGGUUCCAAUUCGGGUUCAUACCGUUCUCAUCUCCACUCAGCACGAUGAGACUGUUACUAAUGAUGAGAUUGCUGCUGACCUCAAGGAGUAUGUGAUUAAGCCUGUCAUCCCACAGAAGUACCUUGACGAGAAGACAAUCUUCCACCUCAACCCCUCUGGCCGAUUCGUCAUUGGUGGGCCGCAUGGUGAUGCAGGCCUUACUGGACGCAAAAUCAUCAUCGACACCUAUGGUGGUUGGGGAGCCCAUGGUGGUGGUGCAUUUUCCGGAAAGGACCCCACCAAGGUGGACCGAAGUGGAGCCUAUAUCGUCAGGCAGGCCGCCAAGAGCAUUGUUGCCAAUGGCCUUGCUCGCCGUUGCAUUGUGCAGGUCUCCUACGCCAUUGGCGUGCCUGAGCCACUAUCAGUGUUCGUCGACACAUAUGGAACCGGAAAGAUCCCAGACAAGGAGAUCCUGAAAAUUGUGAAGGAGAGCUUCGACUUCAGGCCUGGAAUGAUUUCAAUCAACCUGGAUCUGAAGAGGGGUGGCAAGGGAAGGUUCUUGAAGACAGCUGCCUACGGUCACUUUGGAAGAGACGAUCCUGACUUCACAUGGGAGGUGGUGAAGCCCCUCAAGUGGGAGAAACCCCAGGCCUCCUAAUCCAUCAAGAUUAAAUCUGCCUCUGCUGCUAUUGCCAUAUGCUAUAUAUAUCAUCAUCAUCAUCUAACCAAAGAAUCGGCAUUAUAUUCCUAUUUAAGCUUUGCUUGGUAAUGUUUUCUAUUUCUUGUCAAUUUUAUUCCCCUUGUUUUCAUGUCUGUUUUUGCUCAUUGUAAGAACAUGAUGAAAGAAUCUGUCAUAAUUGCUAGAAGAAGCAUGUAUUAAUCUAGGAAAAGAGCAUAUUGUGUUGCCAGAAAAAAAAUAGCAAAAAUGUGAGAAGGGGCCCAGCAGCAGCUGCAGCCUCAUUAUUGUAUUAUUAGUGAUUUAUAUAUAUAUUGUAUUUUUUUGGGUAGCAA